AUGUGCAUGAAAGUGGCACGACUGGCUUCAGAGGCCACAGGAACUUGCCGCUCUUGGUCACAGCUCUUGCGGUGCGGCACGCAUCUGUUGGACAGCACCCACUGUGUCACGCAGGCCUCCCAGAGUGUGUCAAGGUGUGCGGUCGGUGUCCCAUCGGAUCUUAUCCCGCUACUGGAAAAGAUCAAGACAGCAGAGGGCAUGACCAGGCAGGCGGUGAGCGCCACGCGGGAUUUGAUGCAGUGCACGGAGAUAAUCUCAGAGAGAGGCUUGAGGGCCACCGAGCUUUCCAACAGGUUGUUGCAGCAAUCCAAGGAGUUGGCCAGCACGCUGCAGUCGGCUGACUUCAUUACGCCGGACGUGUCCACCUCUCAAGUUCGACCUGAAGUGCCAGGCAACGAAAGAGAAAGUGACGUGAACAAGCUGGAUGAUGUUAUGGAAGAUUGUCAAGGACAAGCGCUUCGCAGCCGCACUGCAAUGCUGCCAGCUCCGUCUGAGGAGGAGGACGUGACAGGUAGCAGCAGCCUCAAGCCAUCCAGAACGGCCAUGCUAGUUGCACCCUAUGAUGACAAGGAAGUAGAACACGCGGUGCGUUCGCGGACGGCGAUGCUGCCAGGAGUCGAGGAUGACAACGACGAGGCUGACCAUGCCCUGCGCUCCCGCACGGCUAUGUGGCCUGUUGAUCCUAAAGAGGAAGAAGGCAGACAGGCACGACCGUCCAGAACUGCCAUGUUGGCCGAAGAUGACGUGCCCGGACCAGAGUCCAGCACUGAAAGCUCCCGUGAAAUGCAAAGCCAUCGGCGAAGUGCUCAUGCAACAUUUCUGUUCCACGAGAUGGCUGAACCAGCAGCAUCGGCAACGGCGUUCCUGGAGGCACAGGCAAGACCAGUCGGGCGUGCGGCCGCAGCACAUGGACUUCCUGCAGAAGAGCAAGCUCUGGCAAGCUCGCACAGCCAUGCCUCCGAUUCCUGGGGCACGGAAGGCCAUCAGCUCCGUUCGGAGGAGUCUUCGUUGGCUGAUCUGGCAGCGAGUUUGAAGUACAUACCCGGUGUGGCAGUCACUGGUGGUGCUGCAAGCAUGGUGAACGUAGUCUUUGGAGUUUCGGUCAUCGGGCUCCUAGCUUUUCAGGCAACCCGCUCCACAAUGGCCAAGUGCCUGCCUCCAAGAAAACUGGAGCUCGUACCCUCGCCUUUGCUAGAUCCCCCACCGCCCGGAGACUGCGACGAGGCGACAUAG